UUUUUUUUUUGUUUCUUUUCUUUAUUUAUUUAAAAAAAUUUGAAUGUUAUUGUUUAUUUAGAUUUGAACAGGAACGUGGCUUCAAAGGAGCUGAUCGAACGGCACCACGUGAUGGUCCUGUACAGUUUCAACGUGAAGAAGAUCCAUUCGGUUUAAGUGGUUUCUUGAAAGAUGUACGACAUGGUGGUACGGGUAGUUCAGCCCCAUCAGCUAAUUCAUCUUCUGUUUCGUCGUCAAAACGCAGUAAUACAGAUGAUCGAGAAGAACGAAGUAGUGAAAAACGUCGCAAGAAAUAA